CACAAAUAUAGCAUUUUCCAUUAUGGGGAAAGAUUGCAUAUUGAUCCUGUUUGCAUUAAUCUCAUUGUGUAGUGCUAGAAGCCCACCAUUCCCCAACAUAAUCCCUGUAGAUUGCAAUGCUACAGAAUUCGAAGCAGGGGUGGCCCUGGACUUAAUCAAUGAUGCUCGAGAUGAAGGUUUUGUCUUAAAGCCCUUCCGUGUUGUUGAUGCAUUCCGGCAAGAGUCCCAGAAAUUAGGUGGAGGCUCCAUCUUCUAUCUAACAGUAGAUGUCUUGGAGACAGACUGCUCAGUGUUAAGUGGGGUAACAUGGAAAAAUUGUAGCAGUGAAGUCCCGUUCCACGAAACGGUGUUUGGCCGAUGUAAAGCCGUUAUCUACAUAUCCAAGCCAUGGAGGAUACUGAAAUUGUACAACUACAACUGUACCAUGACUCCAGUUCCUUCCAGACUAGUACAUAGUAUGUGUCCUGACUGCCCCUCUAUCAUAAGAGAUAUUACACCAGACAUCAAAACGAAGGCUGAUCGAAUGGUAGAAAUAUACAACAAGAACAACAACACAAAUCAUUUCAAGGUUGAUCAUAUAGAAAGAGUGAGAUCACAGUGGGUAUUUGGUCGCUCUUAUUUUCUGAAAUUUACAAUAAAGGAAACCGAGUGUCUAAAAACUCAGAGUAAUGUUACCCUUUCAAACUGCAGUUUCCUCGGAGAUCCUGAUGUGGGGUUCUGCACUGGAAAUGUUUACACACAGCCUACUGUAGGAGAAGUUUUUAAUGUAAACUGCGAAAUCUAUGGACCACAGGAUGAUGACGACCAUCAUCAUCAUCAUCAUCGUCAUCAUCCUCACCACCAUCAUCAUGGACGUGGACGUGGUGAGUGUCCAAAUGAUGAAGAGAGCCCAAACCAACCUCAGGAUGGUCAUGAGACCGCUGAUGCCCCAACACAAAACAACGACAAGCCUGAGACACCCGGACACAGCCAUAGACAUGACUGUAGGCGCUGUCGAUCAAACAGAGGCCAUACACAUGGUUGCAGACAACAUCAUCAUCAUGGCCAUCCUCCACAUCAUCAUCAUCAUCAUCAUCAUCGCCAUCAUCAUCCAGAUCAUCAUCAUCAACCAGAUAACCACAACCAAACUUCUAAAAGACAUAGUAGCUCAUCUGAAGAACAUACUGAAAAGAAACAUGUUAUUAGAAAGCCUAAGGGCUCAGUUGAAUUGAUCUAUCUAAAUGAGGGAGAGGUUUUACCAACACCAACCAUCGAUCAUCAGGUUCCUCCCCAAACUCAUUUUCAUGAUGUUAUUGACUUCCCUAAAGCUAAGUCACCACUGGAAACUUGUCCUGGGCAAACAAAACAAUCCAUACCACAGAUUUUAAACUUUUUUCCUAAUGAAAAAUAAUAGCCAUAAACAUCCACACAAUGAAACACUGUUACUCAAAUAAAUAGUAUUAAAAUCC